UCUUCGACACGUGACACUAACAUAAAGGUUGUUAUCAGAGAUUGAACAAAGAACAAGAUGCAACUGAAACAAUACCUAGCGGUUCAAGUUUUCGUCCUACUAAGCAUAUGCUAUUGCUAUGAGGGUCGUAGUUGGCAUGAUAAAGGUAGUUGGCAUCAUAAAGUUAACAGAUGGCAUCGUUUGAACCAGCCAACUACUGUUGCAUUUUACGCUUAUUAUUCAAAUUCAUUCAAAGCCCUACCAAAAGGACAAACCCUCGUCUUUGACAGUGUUGAGAUAAACCUUGGAAAUGGAUACAAUAAAAGAACCGGAAUUUUCACAGCCCCAACUUCUGGAGUAUAUAGCUUUACUUGGACAUUGAUAGCUGCAGGAAUACACGUGGCAGGAUCGUCCGGGCAAUACGGGGAGAUGGGCGCCGCGUUAAAGCACAAUGGCGUCAUCAAGGGCGCCAUUGCUGCAGAUACUGAGAAGGCAUAUGACGCAGGAGCUGCUACCGGUUUUGCUAUUUUGUAUCUCAGAGGUGGAGACGAGCUGAUGCUUGUUUCCCCCACGCCAGGUCAAGGUUCUAUGUACAGUGACAACAAAAACGGACGAACCUCAUUUUCUGGGUUCAAGAUUGCUUAAUUGCAAUGAAGCUUAUAUACCGAACCGGCACCUGGCAAGAGAGCGAUUCUAUUUCUUUUAUUUCUCUGUUUUCUUCACAAUUUAACAACGCUUCUCAUCUGUUCUUUAUACAAAUACAUUUUACAAGUCAUUAUAUAAAAAUAGAAAGAUUUGAGCACCAUAAUAAACGCAUUUAAAAAAAGGGUGAGUUGUAUGGUUUUCUUUAUGGCAGAUUGUAGUAUAGUACAAUUCUCUAUCAUCCUUGGAUUUUCAGUAAGACGUGGUAUUCUAGACGCUACGUAAUUAGCGUCUGUCAAAUGGCAAAUAGAUUCUCAUUGGUUAAGAUAUUAGUAAUAUCAGGAACAUUAAAUUGUUGUUGACAACGAUGAGACGACUUAAACCCCACUUCUUUGACGUGUACGAGACGCUGUUAUAAUUGGAUAUUUCCUACACUCGAUGACACUCGCCCAAAUUUCUAUUCCAUGUUUCCCAGCAGUGAAUGAAAUCUGUGUAAAUUUCAGACGCUAACUAUACCACGCCUUACUGAAAGUCCAAGGAUAACAGAGAAUUAUACUUCUUGUAUAGUUUUGAAAUGGACUCAUUGUUGAAAUUGUUUGACUUUUUAAAUGAGGUUCGUCCGUUUUUGACUUUUCUAUAUGAAACUUAACAGAAAAUUAAAUACAACAUUGUAUUAUCCUCCAUCCUCGGAAAUAUUCAUGUAACAAGAGGUCAAAGGGGGCUUUAACAAUCACCUGUGUAUAAUACAACACUCCACAGGAUAAAAUAAAAUUAACU